AUGACAGAGAAUAAAGUGUCUAGAAUAGUGCAGAGGUUUGACCGGAAGCAGCGGUGCGCCCUGCCGGAGCUUUGGGUCCAGUUGGAGUUCGACCGCAGACCGCUCCACCUCGUGCGCUCCACCUCGUGCGCUCCACAUCGCGCGCUCCGCGGAGAGCGCGAGCGCAGUGAGGGGCUCAUGCUGCAGAACGAGUCGUGGGCCGAGGCCGCGGGGGGGAACAACACGGAGCCGGAGGAGGGUCCGGGUCCGGAGGCCGUGGUGGUACCGGUUCUGUUCGGGGUCAUCUUCGUGCUGGGGGUCGUGGGGAACUGUUUGGUGCUGGCAGUGGUGGGCCGAGCCCGGUACGGCACCGGGGGCCCCGCCGGCACCGCGGGGGCUCUGCGCGCCGCGAGCCCCACGAACCUGUUCAUCCUGAACCUGAGCGUGGCGGACCUGUGCUUCCUGCUCGUGUGCGUGCCCGUACACGCGACCAUCUACUCUCUGCCCGAGUGGGUGUUCGGGGCGUUCCUGUGCACGUUCGGACACUACGUCUUCACCGUGUGCAUGCUCGUGAGCAUCUUCACGCUCACGGCCAUGUCCGUGGACCGCUACGUGGCCGUGGUCCUCUCCAAAAAGUCCGCGCUCAUCCGCAGCCGCCGGAACGCGCUGCUCGGAGUGGCGCUCAUCUGGAGCCUCGCGCUCGUGCUGUCGGUGCCCGUGGCGCAGCACCAGGUCCUCACGGGGCACCCCACGGCCCCCAACAGCACCUUCUGCUGGGAGCGCUGGCCCGGGCCGUCCCGCUCCGUCUACAGAGUGUCCAUACUGGUGCUGGGCUACCUGCUCCCGCUGCUGCUCAUCAGCUGCUGCUACGCAAAGGUUCUGUUCCAUUUGCACAAAAAGAUGAAAAACAUGUCCAAGAAGUCUGAGCGCUCCAAGAAAAAGACGGCUCAGACGGUGCUGCUGGUGGUCACGGCCUUCACUCUGUGCUGGAUGCCCCACCACAUCAUCGCCAUGUGGGUGGAGUUCGGGCGCUUCCCCCUGAACGACGCCUCCUUCGCCUUCAGGAUCGUCGCCCACUGCCUGUCGUACGGAAACUCGUGCGUGAACCCCAUCCUCUACGCGUUCCUCUCCGAGAACUUCCGGAAGGCCUGCCGGGAAGUCUUCAACUGCUGCUCCCUGUACGGACCGCCGCCCAAAGGGAAGAGCGUGCAGAGAUUCAGGAUGGACAACUUCUCCACCACCUACUCCACCACCAAUAUAUGA